AUGCCCGCCUUCAAAGCGAUGCUUUUUCCGCCCUCACCGCAGACGACGAGAAGCCGUAAGCGAGCUGACGAGGACGUGCCAAAGUCGGAGAAUGCGUAUGCCGCUUUGCCAGCGUCGCCUUUGCUUGAUCAACACGCGCCUGCCUCGCCUGCCAUGUCGGUCACCUCUAGUACUUCCUCUCAUGGCCACGGUCACUGCUGUGGAUGCUGCGGCGGACAAUGCAAUGCUACUCCGCCCACCCGGUCAAGCGCCGUGUUCUCAAUCGGCGACGAAGGCGAGGAUAACAUGGGCUAUCGGGACGAAGAGGCAAAUGUAGACAUAUCGCCUUCCCUCAAGAGCACGCCAACAUUCGAGUCCACUAUUGCGGUGAGAAGAGGCAGUGGGCAUCUCAUAGGCCACGGACUUGGUCUGGGACUCGGUCUCGGCCAACCCUGUCGACAUGGUCAUUCGUCCCAAGUACGCGCCACGCCAGACGAUGAGAAGUACAACAUGGAUGACUACAAGGAGAUGCAACGCAUGCCAACGUCGAAUACCCCAAAGAGGCCCUGGACGCGUUCGUCAUGUCGAAGAAUUAUGGUACCUCUUGUCCUGCUAGGCGCGAUCAGUCUCAUCAUCGUUGGCUUCACAAGUACAUCAGAAACCAGGUUGAAAGCAUCUUCAAUUGCGCAAGAUACACUGCAAAAUGUGAAGCAGACUUCGAAUGAUGCCUGGGAGGCCUUUGUCUCACCCUGGAAAUCCCACGAAGAUAUCGAUGCAUCCCUCGACGAAUUAGCCAGCCUUCCACUGAGCACAUCAGAAGCUCAAACGUCUAGCACGCCGCUCCCUGGCCCAGUAUCCAGCCGACUAUCCGUCGCUAGCGUGUCGAGCGCAUCGAGCUCUGCGCAACCGACUCACACCCCAUCGCCUGUGCAAACCCGACUGGCAAAGUCAAUAGAGGAGCAUGGCUCUUACUGGGACACGCUCGAGCCUGCCCGACUAGAACGGUACGUCACUGCCAUUCCCCUCGGUGGGACGAACAAUCAGCUCAAAGGCAUCUUCAAUCUGCUUUACCUGGGCAUCAAAAGCGCUAGAACAGUCAUCCUCCCGCCCAUCGCGCCCAAUCUGCACCUCAACACCUUCAGCGGCCCGCCCUACAGCGCAUUCUAUGAUCUUGAGCAUUUGCAAUCUCGCUUGAACCUUUCAGUCAUCGAAUGGGCAGAUCUCAAGAGCGAUCUCACUCCGUUUGGCGAUAAUCCGGUUGAUCCCACUCAGCCAAUAGAGGAUCAAGGACCAAUUCUCAACAAGCCGGACCGCAAUCAUGCCGAAGCAUGGUACGGACCUGGCCCUAUCACCAAGGAAUACUUUAUCAACGGCUGGCGCAAUGAUUCGGAAGAGCUCAAAUGCUACUACAGUGCCGCUGUCGGUCUGCCAAAGACUGAGCCCAAGGCCAAACUGCUCAAGGAUGACUCGUUCGGAAGGGGCUACUUGGUCAAGACCAAUGCAACUUACCAUCCUGCUGACACCGGCAUCAAUCAUGGUCGCUUCGAGUCAAUGGACAAAGCGGUAGAGAUUCUGAAAUAUGAUAGGGAGCACAUCGAUGGCAAUCAGAAAGAUCUGACUUGUUUGACACAGAGCUACUGGCUCGAGCAGACGCCCAGAAUAGGCUCAGCUCAAGCGUUUGACGACAUUGGCCAGCACCUUACAUUUAAUCGACCGUUUACCGCGCUCGCAGAGUCUAUCAUCGCGACUGUUCUCGGUGUUUCUGCCAAUGACAUCCACCGCAAUCGCAUCAGUUACAUCACAGCGCACAUCAGGAGGAAUGACGUCGCGGACAAGUGUGACCCACGACCAGAAGGCGUGGAAAUGCCCUCGUACCGCACUGCAACACCGUACAACGCGGACAUGACAACUGACUAUCAAGACGAUGAUCAAGGCUCCGCACAAAACAAACUCGAAGCUAGAGACGACAUCUUUGACGAUGCGAUAGACAUGGUCCAGGGACGCUUGGUCAAACGCAAGCAAGCGUGGUACAAGUGCGUCGUCAAUAAUGACAAAGUCAUCAACCGAAUCAACGGCAUACGAGUACAAAUGCUGAAAGAUGCCGGCACGACGGUCUAUACCACACGAGACGUCGAGGCCAUUCCGGUCGUGUUCACGACCGAUGAUCGUGAUCCAAAGACGCGCGAGGAGCUUGCUUCCCAGCCUGGCUUCCACUUUGUCGAUCACGAAAAGCUACAGACUGCACAAAAGUAUGGUGCUUGGUAUCCGCCGAUGCUCGAUGCUGCCAUCCUUACUAGAGGUACAGUCUACAUCGGUACAUCUGUCUCAACCAUGUCGCAGCUUGCUGGCCGGAGAAAGGUUGCCUGGCACGGCGGCGCAAGCCACUGGUUCUAG